GUUAAAUCAUUUAAUAUAUUGAUCAUUCAUAAAUAAGGAAAUAUAUUUUCUUUGCAUAUUUUCUUUGAAGCUCUAUAGAAAUGUGGCAAGCUGGAGGGUUGAUAACUUUUCAAUCUGGUAACAAAAAUAGAGAUUUUUAAAUAUUAUAAAGAUGUCAUAUGUGUCCAUGUACUGCAAGUCUUUUAAGAUCAGAUGUCCGAUAACAAAUAAUCAUUCAUAUUUCAAAUCACCAUCCAACAUCAAAUCAGGCAGAAUAAGAGUUAAAGAUGCAAAAGAUGCAGAAGCUCCACCCUCUUACAUCACUUACCAGGAAGUGACUGUCUUAUUUAUCCUUUCUGACUCUUAGUGUUGACAAAAUCAUAAAAUAAUCAGCAAUCAGUGGAGAAGUAACACUUUCAAGAAGAGACAGCAGAUCUUUGUGAUUCUCAUGUUGAUUAAUUUUUGAAACCAUCAUUCAGAAAGUGGAAGCUUAGAUUGCUGAAGCUCAAACAGUGUAAAUGGAUUCACUAUCUGAAGAAGAGCUUACUUGUCCUGUGUGCUGUGAAAUCUUCAAGAAUCCUGUUAUUUUAUCCUGUAGUCACAGUUUCUGUAAAGAGUGUCUUCUGGAGAACCAAGUUUCUGUAAAGAGUGUCUUCUGGAGAACCAAGGAAACUCAGGAGUGUCCUGUCUGCAGGAGAUUAUCCUCACAUGCUGAACCUCCAUGUAAUCUUGCAUUGAAAAAUGUGUGUGAGUCGUUCCUGAAGGAGAGAAAUGAGAGGCGUUCAUCUGAGGAGAUCUGCAGUUUACACAGUGAGAAACUCAAACUCUUCUGUCUGGAGGACAAACAGCCUGGUGUGUUAGUGUGCUUUACUUCACAACAACACGACAAUCAUAAAGUCAGACCCAUCAGUGAAGUGGUUUCAUCAUAUAAGGAGGAGAUCAAUGCAGUUGCUUAAAUGCUUAAAAGAGAAACUUAUACACAAAGAAAAAGUUAAAGGAGUGUUUAAAAAAACAGUUCGUCACAUCAAGUCUCAAGCUGAGCACACAGAGCGUCAGAUUAAACAGCAGUUUGAGAAGCUUCAUCAGUUUCUCAGAGAUGAAGAAGAAGCUACAAUCACUGCACUGAGGGAGGAAGAGGAGCAGAAGAAGCAGAUGAUGAAGGAGAAGCUUAAGGAGAUGAACAGACACAUCUCAGCUCUUUCACACACAAUCAAAGACAUGGAGGAGAUGAUGAAAGCCAGUGACGUCUGCUUUCUGAAGGUCUGAUUUCAGAUCAUUGGUUGAUCAUUGGUUCAUUGAUUGAGUUCUUGAUGAUAAAUGGUGUGUUUGUUCU